GUGAACUUAACUGAUCGCCGCGAUGAUGAUGAUGAUGAUGAUGAUGAUGAUGAUGAUGAUGAUGAGGCCGAUGCUGAUGAUGACGAUGAUGUUUUUGGCUCAAUUGAUUUUGACGAUUCGGAAGAUGUUGUUGAUGAUCAUGACGAUGAUGUUUCGGAUGAUGAUGUUGAGUAUGAUGAUGAUGAUGAUGAUGUUGAUGAUCUUUCGGAUACUGAUUAUGAUGAUGAUGUGGAAGAUGAUGACUCACUAUGGUACAAUGAUGAUACUGUUGCUGACGAUGACGAUGAUGAUGAUGAUUCGGAUGAAUUGGAUAAUGAUGAUGAUGAUAAUGAUGAUGAUGAUGCCUCGGAUGAUGCUGAUGAUGGUAUGGUUGAUGACUUGGCUGAUAUAGAUGACGAUGAUGAUUCGGAUGUUGAUGAUGUUGAUGAUGAUGAUGACGAUGAAAAUGACGAUGAUGAUGAGGAUCAUGAUGAUGUUGAUGAUGAUGAUGAUGCUGAUCAUGAUCACGAUGGUGAUGAUGAUGAUGAUGAUGAUGAUGUUGAUGAUGACAAUGAAGAUGAUGUUCAUGAUGUUUAUUAUGUUGAAGAUGAUGAUGAUGAUUAUGUUGAUGACGAUGAUGUUGUUCGUGAUGUUGACGAUGAUGAUAAUGUUGAUGCUGAUGUCGAAAAUGAUGAUGAUGAUGUUGCAAAUGAAGAUGAUGAUGAUGGUGACGAGGAUUAUGCUGAAGAUGAUUAUGAUGAUGAUCAUUCGGAUGAUGAUGAUGUUGAUUAUCAUUCGGAUGAUGAUGGGUAUGUUGACGAUGAUGCUGAUGAUGUUGAGAAUGAUGAUGAUGAUAAUGAAGAUGAUGAAGUUGCGAAUGAUGAUGAUGAUGCUGAUGAUUUCGAUGAUGAUGAUGAUGAUGUUGAUGAUGAUGAUGAUGAUGCUGAUGAUGACGAUGAUUAUAAUAAUGGGGAUGAUGUUGAUGAUGAAGAUGAUGUUGAUGAUGAUGAUGAUGAAGAUGAUGAUAUUUCGGAUGAUGCGGAUGAUGACGAUGACUAUUACGAUGAUGAUGAUCCUGAUUAUGAUGACGACGAUGAUUCGGAUUGUGAUGACGAUGAUAAUGAUUAUGAUGACGAUGAUGAUGAUGAUGACGAUGAUGAUGAUGAUGAUGAAGACGAUGGUAAUGAUGAUGAUGAUGUUGAUGAUGCCUUCAAUGAUGAUGAUGAUGUUAAGGAUGAUUAUGAUGAUGAUGAUGAUAACGAUGAUGAUUCGGAUGUUGAUGAUGACGAUGACGAUGAUGAUUAUGAUGAUGAUGUUGAGGAUGAAGAUGAUGAUGUUGAGGAUGAUGAUGAUGAUUCGGAUGAGCAUGUUCAUGAUGAUGAUGAUGAUGAUGAUGCUGAUGGUCAUUCGGAUGCUCGUGCUGAUGAUGAUGAUGAUAAUGAUGAGGAGGACGAUGACGAUGAUGACGACAAUGAUGAUGAUGCUGAUUAUGAUCAUGAUUAUUCGGAAGAUGAUGAUGGUGCUAAUGCAGAUGACGAUCAUGAUGAUGAUUAUGCUGAUGUUGACGAUGAGGGUGAUGAUGAUGGUGAUGAUGAUGAUGAUGAAAAUGAUGAUGAUGAUGAUGAUGAUGAUGAUGAUUCGGAUGUUGAUGAUGAUGUUUUUGAUGAUGUUGAAGAUGAUGAUGAUGACGAUGAUGAUCAUGAUCAUGAUGCUGAUGGUGAUGACGUUAAUGAUGAUUAUGAUCAUGAUCACGAUGUUGAUGAAGAUGAUGCUGUUCAUGAUGAUUUUGUUGAUGCUGAUGAUGACGAUGAUAAAGAGGAUGAAGAUAUUUCGCAUGAUGAGGAAAAUGACGAUGGUGAUGAUUAUUCGGAUGAUGAUGAUGAUGAUGGUGUCGAUGAUGAUGACGAAGACGAUUCGCAUGGUGAAGAUGAUGAUGAUUUUUAUGAUAUUGAUGUUGAUGAUGAUUAUGACGAUGAUGAAGAUGAUGAUGACAAUGAAGAUGAUGAUCUUGAUGACGAUUAUGAUGAAGAUGAUGAUGAUGAUGACGUUGGUGACGAUGAUGAUGAUGAUGAUGGUAAUGAUGAUGAUAAUGAUGAUGAUGAUGUUGAUGACGAUGAGGAUGAUGAAGAUCAUAAUGCUCAUGAUGAUGAUGAUGAAGAUGAUGAUGAUGAUGGUUAUGAUGAUGAUGAUAAUUCGGAUGAUGCGGAUGAUGACGAUGGUGAUGCUGAUUCGGAUGAUGAUGUCGGUGAUUCGAAUGAUGUUUCGGAUUAUGAUGAUAAUGAUGAUGAUUAUGUUGAUGUUAAUGACGAUGAUGUUUCGGAUUGUGAAGAUGAUUAUUAUGGUAUUGAUGUUGAUGAUGAAGAUGACAAUGAGAAUGGUGAUCAUGAUGAUGAUUAUGUUGAUGGUGAUAAUGAUGAUUUUGAUGACCAUGAUGAUGAUGAAGAUGAUGAUGAUGAUGAUGAUAAUGAUGAUGAUGAUGAUGACGAUGAUGAUAAUGCGGAUGAAGAUGAUGUUGGUGAUUAUGAUGAUGAUGAUCAUGAUAAUGAUGAUGUUGAUGACGGUGAUGAUGAUGAUGAUGAUGAUGAUGAUGAUGCUGAGGCCGAUGCUGAUGAUGACGAUGAUGUUUUUUACUCAAUUGAUAAUGACGAUUCGGAAGAUGAUGAUGAUGAACAUGACGCUGAUUUCUCAGAUGUUGAUUUUGAUUAUGAUGAUGAAGGUGAUGAUGUUGAUGAUGAUGUUGUUGAUGAUUAUUCGGAUACUGAUUAUGAUGAUGAUGUUGAAGAUGAUGUGGAUGAUAUUUCCGAUGGUGAUUUUGAUGAUGAUGAUGAUAAUGCCGCUGAAGUUGGUGAAGCCGAACCUGACGAUGAUGAUGAUGAUGAUGAUGAUGAUGUUGAUGAUGCUCACUAUGAUACAACGAUCAUAGUGUUCCUGACGAUGACGAUGAUGAUGAUGACUCGGAUGGAUCAUGAUGAUGUUGAUGAUGAUGAUGAUGCUGAUCAUGAUCAUGAUGGUGAUGAUGAUGAUGAAGAUGAUGUUGAUUAUGACAAUGAAGAUGAUGAUCAUGAUGAUUCUUAUGUUGAAGAUGAUGAUGAUGAUUAUGUUGAUGACGAUGAUGGUGUUCGUGAUGAUGACGAUGAUGAUAAGGAUGAUGAUGAUGAUGAUGAUGAUGAUGAUGAUGACCAUGACGAUCAUGAUCAUGAUCACGAUCAUGAUUAUUUUGGUGUUUCGAGUUAUGACGUUGAGGGUGAUGAUGUUGAUUCGGAUGAUGAUGAUGAUGUUGAUGAUAAUGAUUAUGAUGAUGUCGAAUAUAAUGAUGAAAAUGGUGAAAAUGAAGAUGAUGAUUAUGAUGGUGACGAGGAUCAUGCUGAAGAUGAUUAUGAUGACGAUCAUUCGGAUGAUGAUGAUGUUGAUGAUCAUUCGGAUGAUGAUGGGUAUGUUGAUGAUGAUGUUGAGAAUGAUGAUGAUGAUGAUGAAGAUGAUGAUAAUGAUGAUGAUGAUGAUGAUGAUUUCGAUGAUGAUGAUGAUGAUGAUGAUGAUGAUGAUGUUGAUGAUGAAGACGUUGAUGAAGAUUCGGUUGAUGAAUUUCAUCAUCAUGAUGAUGUUGAUGAUGAUGAUGAUGUUGAUGGUCAAUCGGAUGCUCAUGAUACUGAUGAUGAUGACGAUGAUGAGGAUGAUGUUUCCGAUGGUGAUCUUGAACAUGAUGAUUAUAAUUAUGAUGAGGAUGUUGACGGCAACACUGAUGAUGAUGAUGAGGAUCAUGUUGAUGAUGCGCUCUAUGAUACGAUGAUGAUAAUGAUGAUGACGAUUACGAUGAUGAUGAUGAUUCGGAUGAUGAUGAUGACGAUGAUGGAUGAUGAUGAUGCUGAUGAUGAUGACGAUGAUGAUUCGGAUAUUGAGGAUGACGAUGACGAUGAUGAUGAUGAUGAUGAUGUAAAGGAUGAUGAUCUUGUGGAGGAUGACGAUGAUGAUUCGGACGAUGCUGUUCAUGAUGAUGAUGAUGUUGAUGAUGAUGAUGAUGAUGAUGAUGUUGAUGAUGAUGAUGAUGUUGAUGAUGAUUCGGAUGCUGAUGACGAUGAUGAUGUUGACGAUGAUGAGGAUGACGAUUCCGACGGUGAUGUUGAUGAUGAUGACGAUGUUGAUGAUCAUUCGGAUGCUCAUGAUGACGAUGAUGUUGACGAUGAUGAUGAUGAUGAUGGUGAUGUUGAGAAUGAUGAUCAUGAUGUUAAUGAUUGGGAUGAUGAUGAUGAUGAUGAUUAUGAGCCUGAACAUUCGGAUGAUGAUGGUGAUGAUGAUGAUGAUGCUUAUGUUGUAAAUGAUGAUGAUGGUGAUGUUGAAAAUGUUGAUGAUGAUGACAAUGAUGAUGAUGAUGAUGAUGAUGAUGAUGAUGAUGAUAAUCAUGAUGAUGAUGAUUAUUGGGAUGAUGAUGCUCAUGAUAAUGAUGAAUCGGAUGAUGAUGUUGAUGAUGAUGAUGAUGAUGAUGAUGUUGAUGAUUCCGGUGAUGACGAUUAUGAGGAUAUUGAUGAUAAUGGUUAUGACGAUGAUGAUGGUGAUGACGAUGAUGAUGCUGAUGAUGAUGAUGAUAAUGAUCCUGAUGACGAUGACGGUGGUGAUUCGGAUGGUGAUGAUGAUGAUGAUGCUGAUGAUGCUGAUCAUGAUGAUGAUGAUGAUGAUUAUGAUGUUGAUGAUGACCAAGAAGUUAAUGAUGGUGAUGACGAUGAUGAUGAUGACGAUGAUGAUGAUUCCGGGGAUGAUGAUCAUGAUGAUGAUUAUGAUGAUGUUGAUGAUGAGGGUGAUGAUGAUGGUGAUGAUGAUGAUGAUGAAGCUGAUGAUGAUGAUGAUGAUGAUUCGGAUGCUGAUGAUGAUGUUUUUGAUGAUGUGGAUGAUGAUGAUGCGCUUAAAAAUGAUGAUGAUUCAGAUCAUAAUGAUGGUGAUUCGGAUGAUGAAGAUGAUGAUCAGUAUGAUGAUGAUGAUGAUGAUGAUGAUGAUGAUGAUGUUGAAAAUGAUGAUGAUGAUAAUUGUGAUGAUGAUUCGGAUGUUGAUGCUCAUGAUGAUGAUGAAUGGGAAGAUCAUUAA